AUGGCUCCUCAGGCAAAGAAGUCGGGCAAGGCCCAGAAGCAGACCAAGAAGUACAUCAUCGAUGCUUCUCAGCCUGCCAGCGACAAGAUCUUCGACGUCUCCGCUUUCGAGAAGUUCCUCCAGGACCGUAUCAAGGUCGAGGGCCGCACCAACAACCUUGGCGACAACGUUGUUGUCAAGCAGUCUGGUGAGGGCAAGAUCGAGAUCACCGCCCACAACGAGCUCUCUGGUCGCUACCUCAAGUACCUGACCAAGAAGUUCCUCAAGAAGCAGCAGCUCCGCGACUGGCUCCGCGUCGUCUCCACCUCCCGAGGUGUCUACGAGCUCAAGUUCUUCAACGUCGUUAACGACGAGGCUGACGAGGACGACGAGUAA